AUGCCACCAAAUGUCAAGCAUGAACUGGAGUUCAAGGAGAGAGUUCCAGAAUUAGAGUUUUUAAAUAGGUCUCCCUUAGUUCAAAUAUUAGAGUUUCCAGAAGAUUUCGCAACUGGUAGAAAUAAUAACGAUAAUAAUGGAAGUACAGAACAUAGAAGAGCUGCUAUAGAUAUUUUUAACUUCCAUUCACAUCUUACUGAUACUGUUGGCGAUAACGAUCUGGAUCGUCAUUCUUCACAAAAUAAGGGUGAUCUUUCUGAAUUUAUAGAUUUAUUCACAAAUGUACCAAAAAAAACAAUAAAUUUAUUAUUUAUGGGUAUUCUAAUAGCUUUGGAAAUAGACAACCCUACUGUAGUUGCAGAUAGGUUUAAUUCCCCACACUCAUCUUUUAUAGAUGAGAAAACUACAGAGAAACUAUGGAACUCAACUAUGGUAAGUAUACUUUUUGUAACUGCAAUCGCUGGAGGUAUCAUAUCUGGUUGUGCAUAUAGAAGAUAUAUACGUCAUAUUAAGAAUAUAGAUUCUUUAAUAACAGUGAUUUGGGUUUUACGAAUUUCAAGCCUUGGAUUAUUUAUUCAACACCUGAAUCCAAAUAAUCCCAUCCAUACCAUGGUAGGGAAAUUUAUUUGCACAUUUGCAUACGGGGUUAGAACUUCACAUUUGUUUUUAAAAUCUUUAACGGAUGAUCCUUGUAUGGAAAAUUUGCUUUUAACACUAAUGAUAAAUAUAAAUAUGAUACAUUGCAUAAAAUGGGGUUCAAAAAUAUGUAAUAUGUUUCCAAGUAAUUCUAGGUCAACAAAAGAACGUCCUUUUUCUCAAAAUCAGGAUAUGAUUUUGUUAAAACAAUUAUAUUUUAUGAUUCACUUUUAUAUCCUCCAUCUUACCAGAAAUCUAGAUUCAUCAAACUCAGUAAAAAUAGACUUAUACCCUAAUAUAUUAUCAUACGGCGGAUCUAUUAUUAAUGAUUUAGUAGCCAGAUGUUAUUUCUUCCUCAAAACAUCUAGAUUUACUCAGCUCAGGUCAAGAAAUAUAAGAUCUGAAUGCAGUACUGUAUUAAAUUCGACAGAAAAGUAA